CCGGCCGGUGGUUCCUUUGGUAACACAAGUAAACAAAUAGCGCCGAACACAUCAAAUGAACCGAAUAAAGUGCUGUAGCUUACACAUUUGUUGUGAAAUUCCGGUAGAUUUUGUACUGUAUGAGUGAAAACUGGAUGAGUGUUUUACACGAAGCCGAUUUGGUGUGGUUUUAUUUGGUCCUAACAAAGCAUUGCAUAAUAACUGUUUGGGAGAUGCAGUAAGAUGGACGACGAUAUUUUUUCUACAACACUUGCUUACACGAAAAGUCCAAAAACGUCAAGAAGAACAACGUUUCAGUAUGAGUUGGAGGCAGCCGUGUCUGCUAGAGCCAACAGACAAAAACCGAGCUAUAGGUACUCUGAUGAUUUUGACGACGAUGACUAUGGUAAAGAUGAUGAUGACGACGACGACGACAUGCUCGGCAAACUUCUUAGGAUACAGAAACAGAAAAAGGACAGAUUUAAAGCUGGGAAGACAAAGGGCAAGAUAAACGAUUUCAAACUUUCAGACGAUGAAGAAAAAAACGUCAAACCCCACAAAGUAUCUUUCUUAAAAACCAAAAGGAACAGCUCACCUGUCCACACUGAACAGUUAGAUUCAAUGAGAAGCGAUAGCCAUCACGGUUCUUUCCAUUCCAGUCAAUCCAGGAGUACCCCUCAAAGUCCAUGGAGUUCUGUCACUGCAGAGAAAAUUCAACAGUCGGAUUCUCCUUUCUCCUCUCAGUCUGACAAGCCUCAACCAGAGAGCACUGUACAGACUGAUCAGUCAGAGUCCGUAAUGAAGAUGAGAAAUCAGACAGAGUCAUCCUUGGUGAGGAAGAGUCUUUCAGAAUCUCCUUUGCCACUAAAUUCUGAGAAUAGCCGACAGGAAUCUUCAGUCCCCCUUCUAUCAGAGGGCUCUCAGUGGGACAGUCCUGUCUCACUGCUGUCAGAAAAAGAACGCAACCAAAAAAUGUAUUUUGGUGAAGAAUGUGAACUUCCCAUUCCUCACCCUCGGGAGCGAAGUGUUAAACCAAAACUUCCCACAGCAGGUUGUCUUGCACAAGACAUGUCCCCCAGGCCCAUGCCCAGGCAGAAGACAGGAAAAAUGUGCGACAGUGGUCAGUUAGAAGAGAACACAGAAGCGGAGACCCCGGCCUGCAGCGGUGUAGCCACCUCCUCUAUGUCUAUAGUGCUCUCCAACACAUCGUCUUUAGACAAGAUUCGAACCUCUACCAAUGAUAGUGUACAGGGUCAGUGUGAAGACUCGGUCAUAUCAGAAAAGUCCAAGACAAAUUCCUCUUCAACACAGAAACACAUGUCUGAGGCUCCGACAACGGCAGAAAGCGAAGAGAACAGAGAAGGAACAGAGUCAACAUCCUUUGAGGAAAAUAAGGUUUCUCAAAGCAAACUUGACCACACAUUCACUGUAGGAGUGCAAACUACCAAAUCAACAGACAGAAAGUCGAAGAGCUCAUACACCGCAGAGUCUAAAUACCUGGGAACACUGAAAAUUCUGGAUCAAAAAAUGCAGGAGACCCAACAGAUUCCUGAUGCAGCAGAUUCACUAAGAGCUGCUGUGUACCAGGAAUGGCUAAAAAAGAAAGAAGAAAACAUCAAAAUAAAAAUGAGGGCAAAGAAGCAAGAAGAAAAAUUGAACGAGGAGAAAAGGCAAGAGGAAAAGCUUGCAAAAAUAGCAGAUGCUAAAGCCUCUUAUGAUGCCUGGAAAGAGAAAACAGUGGACGUCAUCAGAAAGAAAGUCAAAGAAAAACAGGAGGCAAUCAAUGAACAACAAAUGCAAAUAGAAAAAAAUCAAGAAAAAAAGGAAACCGCAAUACAGCAGGUUUUUGAGAAAUGGAAAAAGGAUCAUGACGAAAUCCUUAAAGAAAGGAUGAGAGAAAAGAAACAGAAUGAAAAAAAAGAGAAACAACAGCAGGUCAGAGAGAAAGAAGAGAGGAAGAGUGACUGUACCUCUGCUUUCAUUCAAUGGAGUGCGCAAAAGAAGAAUGUAAUUCAAGAGAGAGUUAGAGAAGAACACGAGAAUAACAAAAUAAAUGAAAUGGAGGAAAAAUAUGAAAAGGAGGAAAGAGAAAAAAUGGCCUUGGAGAUGUAUGACAAAUGGAUGAGAAGAAAAGAGUUUCAACAAAAAAGAGAGAGAAAAGAAAAGAGGAUACAUGUGAUUCUUCAGGAUGAGCCACCUCCACCAUGGAGCCCCCCGAAUAAAACCAUUCCGUUUGGAAAAUAAGCUUAAUAAUGGUAAUAUCUCCAUUUUUUAUAAACUUUGAAAUUAUGUGAAAAUAUGCAAUUUGCCACUAUAACUACAAGACAUUAUCAUCAAGGUGUCUUUAAAAGUGCUUUGUCAGAAAUGAAUUUUUAUAUUUGUAUAUUGUUUAACAUGUCACUUAAAAUAAUUCAGUGCAGUUUAUAGCAUAAUUUUAAAGAUUUGUCUCAGGCAUUUAAUUUUUAAAUAAUGUAUUAUAGUUAUGCAUAAAUUUAUGAGAUUUAUUUAGACGUUGACAAAAUAUUCAGAGUUUGAACCAUUUUAGUGCUUGCUCUGUUUGGUGAUUUAUAACAAUUCUGUUUAAACUCUGUAUUGCUUUUUGCAAUAAAAAGUAUCUUGAAAUUCUUGGAACAUCAUUGUUCCUAGUUUAUAUGCAGAUGCAUGUAAAUUAACCAUAUGAGUCAUGCUGACUUUUUAAAUUCUGCUCAAGUGAUUUGUACUUAAAAAUUGUACUGUACAUUUUCCCCUCAAUAAUUUAUCUAGAAGCAACCUUUUGUUUUACCAAGCCGAUUCCCUAAUUCUUACAAUAUUACCACCUAAUAUAAAAUAUGCUGAGAAAGGAUAGUAGAAUAACCUUUAUUUAUCCCUAUGUGAAGGGGAAUUGCAGUGUUGCAGCCCAAAAUGUAACACUAAAGCCAUGAAAAUUUUACUGAAAUAUGGGAGAUGAAUAAUAGGAACUACCUUAAACUAAUUUGGUGCCUGGAGACAGAGCAGUUUUUGCUGAUUAGCAAAGCGUGACCAUGAGAUGGCAACAUUUCUAGUCAUGAACAUGCUAAAGCUAAAAGCCAUCUGCUUGAACUAAAAUCCCUAAUGCAAGUCUAAAGAUGUGUGUCUGAAGAUAAAUUGUUUAGUGUGGAGAUAGAAAUUCAUUACUGUAGAUAAAAUGCUAGAAGCUUUUUGGGGGACAUACAAUAGAAGACAUGUAAGAAGACCCUCUCAUUUUCUUUUUAUGUUGUUCUCUUGUACCAAAUUAGUAUUGACUGGUCAGCCUUUUUCUGUCAGAUGAUUGAUCUUCCAUGGGCUGGUUGCUGAUCAGAAUAAGGAAUUUAUAAACCAAAUACAUCUUUUUGAAGAAAUACAUUUGCUUAAUGUUUUAGUGAGAAUUAAUUUCUCGAUUCUUGCUACUGAAUGUUUACUGAUGUGUAAAUGUGUGCUAUUUGAGUUUUCAUCUUGACACUUCAGUUCAUUAUUAUGUGUUUGUGUUUUCUGAAGGAGAACAUGGUUAAACCUUCGCAAAAUGAGGCUGUUUUUGUGUUGGGUUUGUACAAGUUGGUGUAUUGUUCUGAGAAUGUGUUUAUAGUUUUCAGAAAAUGGUGAAUUGUUUCAUGAUUUGUGUGUUAGCCAUAGAGAAAAACUAAUUAGUGUAAAUUAAAGUAAUUCAACCCUGGAUUCAAAAUAGUCCGAUCUUUAACAGCUUUUGAUGUAGGAUGUGGUAUACAGUGUAAAGGCUUGUACACACCGAGACGAUAAUCGCACGCGCUUAUCGCCAGCGUUUUUCGAGACGUUUUUCAACGUUCAUACCCAAGCGAUUUUCACUGGUGAUGAGCUUGUAAGGUCGGAGCCAAGAUGUCCCGACCAGAGACUAUUCUUCUCCUGAGAAACAAAGAAUGGUUCUAAGCACAGUGGGGAACCUAGGCCAAAAGGGUGCCCCUUCCUGAAAGAACAACACACCGAUUCCUGAUGAAAAGAUAAUCAUCUCGGGAAAAGGACAGAGAGCAUCUCUCAGUACAGUGGAAACCUGAGCCAAAAGGAUACCUUCCUUUGAGAAACAACGGACUCCCUCCAGUACAACAAACUCCCUACUGAGCUAACACCUACAUCUCAAACAAUGCAUACAAGUGAAUCACAGAUGCAGACCUCACCCUGCACCCCAACUGUUCCUUUCCUCCCCUCUCACUCAAUGCAGGACACCCAAAAGCUCUUAGAACCUACACAAGAAAAGAACACGACACAUACACAAAAAACAUACACAUGUUUGGUAUCAUCCAAAAGGUCUCAGUGCAACUGGUACAAUGGUCUCACUCCCAUGACACCAAUGUAAUGACAAAGUUUUGUAAGAACUUAGCAAACUUCCCUCAGUGCUGGAACAUUUCUCACACAUUUGGUGACUUUCACCAAUCACCUACUGUAUGCAGAUUAAAUACAGCCCCAGGGAUCACAAGACCCAAUCACAUUCCUAACUCUAAAGAAUAUUUCCAUAAUGCUUUGUUCUGGUUUGGUAUUUAAGGGAGGUUGACAAAAAUAUCGGCGAAUCUGUAGCCAGAUCUCCCGCACAAAUUCCUGUGUCGUCUCUUGCCAGGUAUGCAACAUUGAACUUCUCUUUGCUUUAUUUCUUAUGAUUUUCUAUUAUUUGUUAUUUAAUUAUAUUGAUUGCCAUUGAUUAUUGAAUUGAACCUUGAAUUGGAUUUU